AUGGACGAGGGAUCAAGUAAUAGUGAUGCCACGGAGACCGUCAUCAAAUCGGUCUCCGGUAUAACGGCAGCUUCGGUCGAGGAUGGCAGUAACAGUUCUGAGCAAGCAGAAACAGUACGCAAACGUUUACAAGCUUGCGAAAUUGCUUCAGUGGAUGUUAAUGAGAUGGCGUGGCAAGCAAAUAACAAUGAAGAGAAAACGUUUUAUGAAUUACAACCAAUCAACGAAAAAGAAAGCGAAUUCUUAAUUCCGAGUACUUCUAGAAGGGUGUUAAAACGAGCUCAGGACACCACAGAAGAACGGAAAAAUGAACACAAACGGUGGCGUACAGCAAUCGACGGAUAUGCUCAAUAUUCAGAAUGGAUUUCUAAAGUUAAUGAAAAAGUGGAGGAUAUGCCAGAUUUGGAUGGUACCGGAAGUAUUACUACUACCGAUGCUACGGAUGAUCCAGAAGCGGAAUAUUUUAUUGCCGUGGAUUCAAUGAGGGAUGUUAUUGAUCAGAUUCAAAAAGCUAGAGCAGCGCAAUCAGAAGAAACAGCAGAAAGUGAUGCGAAAUUGGAUGAAAUCUUGAAAUAUUGUGAGCAACAUACGAAACGAAUGAGUUUAUUUAAAGACAAAAUUACUCAGGAUUAUCAAAUGUUUGUAUGUUUUGCUUGCGGUCGAGUUUUUGACGAUGAGAUCACAAUGCGAAAUCAUGUAAAUGAAGUUCAUCUUUCCAACAAGGAUUAUAUUUUCAAAUGUCGCCAUUGCUACAGACGUUUUAAAUUGAAACAUCAUUUGCAACGUCAUGAACGUACACACGAUCUAUCACUUGUGCAUAUUUGUAAUCGAUGCUCUUCAUCAUUUCGGAAUUUUGAAUCAUUAGUUGCGCACAGAAGUAGGGUUCAUGGAAUCGAUGAGAACGGUGAAAAAAUUUUAAAUUUGAAAUAUAACUGUAAUAAGUGCAAGCAGAAGUUUGGAACUUUUGUCGAAUUAAAUAGGCAUAAAUAUUUUUGUUUGAACGAAUCUCGCAGCAAACGACAGAAGAAAGUUAAUGGUGCUUCCCCUUCUUCAUCUACAAGUUCAAUAUUUUCUGUUUCUUCACGACCUAAAAUUGACAAGACGUGCAGAAUAUGUAAUAAGAAGUUCGCAUCACGGCAGUCACUUAUGCGACACAUAGGUCGAAUUCAUCCAGAGGAAAAGAUUGAUGAAAUUAAACAGUAUGAAGUAGUUCAGUCUCCAGAUCUUCCGUUUGCUUGUAAUAUUUGUUCCAAACGUUUCACGACUAGAACAUUAAUGUUAGUUCAUCGUAAGCGACAUGAAGGAAGACAUUUUGCCUGUGAAUUAUGUAAUAAGGCAUAUCCACUAGCAAGUGAAUUACGAAAACAUAUUAAGCGUGUACAUGGAAAUUCUUCAGAAGGGACAUCGAAAGAAGGGUCGGCUAUAGAAUGCAACGAUGCAAAAGCUGUCGAUAGGCAAGAUUCAGACACGCAGCAAUCGGUGUCAGCAGAGCAUAGCAACAAGUGUUAUUACGAAGACCUUACCGAUUUCAGUGUUAUAGUUGUGAUCUAUGGAGAUUUCCAGCAUCGUAUGGGGUACAGACCUUCAAUAACAUCUCAGUUACCAAUGCCAUGUACGACACUAACGCCACCGGUCUAA